AGAUAUAAGAGAAUUAAAAGUCCAUUUAGUGUAAACUAAAAGUUUUAAGCAUGAAAUAAUAAAUUUAUCUUAUUAAGCUAUCCAUGUUUCCAAACAGUAUUAGUUUUUUUUACUACUAUCAAAGUUGUCAAACAAAACUUAUGGGUACUUCUACUUUAAUAAGAUAGAUAUAUGGAAUACUACCACAACAAAAUAUAUAGUCUAGUCAAACUUUUUAUUCCUAGACUACUAAUUUGAGAUAUAUUCAAAAUUAAUGGUAAUUGAACAAUUACCAAAAUAGUACAGUCAAAUUAUUAUUUACCGUACUACUAUAUGAAAUAUGUUGAAAAUUAAUGGUAAUUGAAUACAUUCCCAACGUUGUCCAUUUUGUGUUCUUGACUCUUCCUCUCGACUCUCUCUAUAUAUAAGAUUACAAGUGCGGGAUAUGAAUGAUUUUGCUCCCUAGAGUUAAGUUUCUCUCUCCAUGAGACUCCAAGGCGAUUAGGGUUUUGAACCUUCAUUUGCCGCCGCCGGUCUGGCCUCUCGCCUUCCGGUGAGAAACUCUUCUUUCUCCCUCCCCUUUCUUUCUUCCAUGGGGUUAAUGGUGACUUCUCCAGUCUCAGAGUCAUUGUUGCUCCUUCCUCCACCUCCUGAACCGCCGCCAUCUGUUCUUCCUCUAGACCUGCUUGGUGGGAUCCCUGCCCCCGACCCUCCUGAUCCUCCUGACCCUCCCGACAUGUUCGGUGAAUCAGAUCUGUCGUCUCUCCCCUGUCUCUGUUUCACACUAAUAGCUGCAAGGUCUCAUCUGUUUAAUGGUACGAUAACAGCUUGCUCAGUCUGGUUGUUGCUCGUACCUCUUAGAGUGAAGCUUGUUAGGCAUCUGCUUCUCCCUUCUGCCGGUUGCAGAUCUUGGAUCUAUGAUUUUGUCUGGGGAAAACAUCGUUUUUUCUCCAUGUUCUUGAGCUUAUUUUCGAAAGGUAUACUACUACUCAGAAAGAUAGGAGAUGGAUUCAAAAAAGCCAACCUUGGCUCUUUACUUUCAGACUUGUUUGUCUGUCCGUGGUGGUUCUUGCAACUCCACACCCUUUUAUGGUUGAGGAUCUCCUCACAAUUCCAAGGCUCAUCAAAAAGGUGCAUGAUCACUUUUGUAGCCAAGCUUCUUGCUGCUUUCUAUGCAUUUGUUGCGGCAGCAUGUUCGGGUAGCAGCUCACCGAGUGUGGCUUCUGAUUCCCGUGGCGUCAUCUCACCGAUUAGCACUAGGGAUUCACUCUUAAGUUGCUUGUGUGUUAUGUUUGCUUAUAUCUAUGUUUAUGUUACCUGCUUUGCAUGUGAUGCAGCAGUUUCUUUAGCUAGUCUAGCUCUGUUAUAUUACUUGUUGAACGAUUACUCUUUUGAUGGAGUCUAAGCUUAGUUUAUGAAAGUUGGUUUGAACA